AACGGAGGUGGGCUGGGGGAGAGAGAAGCGCGGUUGGGAACAGGUUCACGUCCUACCCCCAGUUGAGGCCCUGAGGGGCCACCAUGUGAAACAAGGACAGCAUUUACAAUUUCACAAUCUUCUCUCACUCUCUCAUCCCUAUUCAUCCCUUCUUCCCUUUUACGUCCCAUCUCCCCCCACUCUCUUCCCUUCUUCCCACUCCUCUCCUCUCCUCUCCUCUCCUCUAGUUUCACUUCACUGUUCAUUUCUUACACCAAAACCCACCUCAGCUCACAAAACCUCCAAACCUUCCUCUGAAGAUCCCAAAAUUUGAGCCAACUCCAAUUCUCUCUUCCUUCAAUGAAAGAUCCCUAGCUGAAUUCACCACACUACUACACCUUGCAGCUGCUAAUCCAGUAACCCAAGAGCCCAGAUAGAGAGUGAGAGAGAGAGAGAGAGGGAGAGAGGGAGAGAGGAGAGAAAAAAAAUGGAUUCGACAUCAGGUGGCGGUGGAGGUGCAUCGGAGCCAAACUCAGGCGAAGGCCCCUCCGCAACAGGCGGCGGAGCAGGAGACGGAUCGUCAGCAGCAGCACCACCAAGUCGUUACGAGUCACAGAAAAGGAGAGACUGGAACACCUUCCUACAAUACCUCAAGAACCACAAGCCUCCGUUAUCGCUCGCAAGGUGCAGCGGAGCUCACGUAAUUGAGUUCCUCAAGUACUUAGAUCAGUUCGGGAAAACGAAGGUGCACCACUCUGGUUGUUCCUACUUCGGCCACCCAAACCCACCUGCCCCUUGCGCGUGUCCACUCAAACAAGCAUGGGGGAGCCUCGACGCGCUCAUCGGACGGCUUAGGGCUGCUUACGAGGAGAACGGUGGACGCCCGGAGUCGAACCCUUUUGGGGCUAGGGCCGUGAGAAUUUAUCUGAGGGAAGUGAGAGAAGGGCAGGCUAAGGCUAGAGGGAUUCCCUAUGAAAAGAAGAAACGGAAGCGACCCACAACGGCGGCUGCGGCGGCGGCGGCGGCGGUAACGGUGGCUAAUGCAUCAACAACAACAGCGGAAGGUGGUAGCGCCGGUGGUAAUAGUAGUACUAGUGUUGGUGGUGGCUCUUCCGAAGCUGGGGCUGCUGCUGCUACUGUUACUGUUGCUCCAUCUUCUACUUCCGUAUAGGGGGAUCGUUCCCAAGAUGUGUAGUCACUACGUCAAUGUGGGGCCAAUGAGAGCAUAUCUAGGGGCAUCCACAAGGGUGAGGCAGUCAUUCAUCCUUCUUAUGUUUGGGUUUGGCUCUACACAACCUAGUAACCUUCUUUUCCCCUUCUCCCCUCCCCCUUUUUCUUUUGUUAGGGAGAGUGUUUGGCACCCCUCUUUGCUUCUUGUAGGCUAGCUGCAUGUCCCAAUAGGAGUGCAGAACACAGGAGCAGGGGGUCAUUUCUCCAUGGAGGAAGAGAGACAAACACAAGUCUAGGCACUUUGGUGAUGUGUCUAGACUUUCC